AGGCGUGAGACACUCACAGGCUGGGUUUGGCCGCAUGCGUGCAAAGGAGAACUCUCUCCGGCAGAGAAAGAGAGACAAACAGGAGCAGUCGAGGGCAGAGCGGGCCAAGGGGCACUGGGCCGCCUGUCCACCUGCUGGCCCUAGGAUGGUGCCUCCCACUGGCAGGCACACAUAGCGGUCAGAGAUGGCACCAGACAUGAGGCUCCUCUUCUUGGUCGCUGGAUGGCUGACGGCAGCCCUCUCAGGUCACCCAUCUCCAUCCCCCUCUGACCAGCGUGAUAGCAGCAGCACAGAGAGAUCGCCUUUGGAGCCAGGGGAGCGACUUGGGGUCCGCCUGGUGAACGGGAGCAGCCGCUGCAGCGGGACCGUGGAGGUCAGGCUCAGGUCGUCCUGGGAGCCCGCCUGCGGCGCGCUCUGGAGCCGCACGGCCGCGGAGGCCUUGUGCAGCUUGCUGGACUGCGGAGGGGCGCAGGGGCCGGAACCGCCCUUCCUGCCGACCCCGGAGCUGCCACCUGGUCCAGCCGCAGGCAACGCCAGCGGGACCCCGAACGCCACGCGGGCCGUGGCGCCCGCCGUCCUGUGCAGCAGUGCCAAGUGGCAGCUCUGCACCGUGGUGGAGCACCCGUGCAGCAGCGACGGGAGGCCGGCCCAGGUCACCUGUACAGAAAAUCGCGAUUUGAGAUUAGUGGGUGGUGGCAGCUCGUGCGCAGGCCGCGUGGAGAUGCUGGAGCACGGCCAGUGGGGUUCAGUGUGUGACGACACGUGGGACCUGGAGGAUGCCCACGUGGUUUGCCGGCAGCUCAGCUGCGGCUGGGCAGUCGAGGCCCUGCCCGGCUUGCACUUCGCCCCUGGCCAAGGACCCAUCCACCGCGACCAAGUGAACUGCUCCGGGUCAGAGGACUACCUUUGGGACUGCCUGGGGCUGCCGGGAAACGGCUACUGUGGCCACAAGGAGGACGCUGGCGUGGUGUGCUCAGAGCACCAGUCCUGGCGCCUGACCGGGGGCGCUGAUGCCUGCGAGGGGCAGGUGGAGGUAUACUUCCGAGGGGUCUGGAACACAGUAUGUGACAGCACGUGGUACUCACCGGAGGCCAAGGUGCUCUGCCAGGAUUUGGGCUGUGGGACUGUGGCCCAGGUGCCAAAGGGGCUGCCCCACUCCCUGGCGGGCAAGAUGUACUACUCAUGCGAGGGAUGGGAGCCCACCCUCGCCAACUGCUCCUGGCGGUACAACAACUCCAACCUCUGCAGCCAAUCGCAGGCAGCCAGGGUGCUCUGCUCAGGUGCCCGGAGUCUGCUCAAUCUGUCUACCCCUGAAGUCCCUGCAAGUUUUCAGCCAGUCACUGUGGAAUCUUCUGUGACAGUGAAAAUGAAGGACUGGGAAUCUAGAGAGCUAAUGCUCCUCAUCCCCUGCAUCAUUCUGGGAAUUCUCCUCCUUGUCUCACUCAUUUCCAUAGCCAUCAUCCUCUUGAGAAUUAAAGGAAAAUAUGCCCUCCCUGCUACAGUGAACCACCAGCACCUACCUACCACCACCCCAGUAGGGAUCGAAAGCUAUCAAGGGGUCCCCAUCAUCAUUGCCAAAGAAGAAGUUCCCAAGCUGCCCAUCCAGGUCCAGGCCCUGCCCCCCGAAGACUCGAACUCCAGCUCGGACUCAGACUAUGAGCACUAUGACUUCAGCACCCAGCCUCCCGUGGCCCUGACCACCUUCUACAAUUCCCAGCGGUACCGCUUCACAGACGAGGAGGUCCAGCAGAACAGGUUCCAGAUGCCCCCCCUGGAGGAAGGAUUUGAAGAGAUGCACACCUCCCAGGUCUCACCUGCCAACCCUGAACACUGCAUUGCAGAAGCCCCCUCUCUGGGCCCUCAGCACCACCCAAGGAACAGUAGCCACUCCAGCACAUCCUCAGGGGAGGAGUACUGCAAUAGCCCCAGCAGCAGGCUACCUCCGUGGGACUCUCGGGUGUUUCCUUCAGAGAGGAACCCCCUCCUGGAGCAGCCCCCGAACUUGGAGCUGGCAGGCUCACAGGCGACUUUUUCAGCAGGGCCCCAGCCUGAUGACAGCUCCAGCACCUCCUCCGGGGAGUGGUACCAGAACUUCCAACCGCCGCCCCAGCCCCCUACUGAGCAGUUUGGAUGUCCAGGGUCCCACAAUCCCCAGUCUGACUGCUCCUCCUCCGAAGACUAUGAUGACAUCGGAGCAGCCUAGCCUGGGCCCUGCCAGGCUCUGUGCACUCCCUCUCUCCGGACUCCUGCUCUGCCUGUGCCCCCUGCCCCAGCCCCGUCUGCCCAGAUCAUCCCUCAGGGGCUGAGAGUCCUUCCCUGGAGACACGAGAGGAAAGUCCACACCUUGUACGCUCAGCCUCCAUCGACAGCCUGCAGCACAGCCCUCUCCCGGGCCCAGGCGGCAGCCCCUGGCCGGAGGGGCUGCCUCUGAAGGGUGGAGAGCUCUGCCUCAGGAACUAACAAGGAUCUGGGCCACUUCCCGGCAGGCCGCGUGGAGGGGUUGGACUGGAAGAUUCCUGAGGCCCCUUCCAACCCUCGGGUGUCUGGGGCUUUGGUUCCCUUCACCUCUGACAGCUCAGGGCCCAGAGGUCCCAGGAGGGGCGGGGAGGCCCGUGGUGCAGGGGCUGCUGGGCUGCUGUGGCUCUGACAGGUAGGGGCUGGGGCUGGGGGGCCGCCCGCUGGCCAGGCUUUGCUCAGUGGUAACUGCACCCGGCAGGGAGUCCGGCCUUCCUGGGCUCAGCCGGCUGACGGUGAGCAGGACGACUGCCCUUUCCCCGCCCCGACCUCCUGGAGCGGGGACCUGAGGGCAGCCCUACCUCUAGAGACCCUCGGAGCCCACAGGGGGCACAGCCCUGUUCUGCAGUGACCGUCCCUGGACAGCAGAUCCUUAUUCUGAGCUUCGUACGGUUUACAAAGAUGGUCCCAUCCAGACCAUCCAACCCACAGAUUCAGAGUGGGGUCCAGUCUCCGUGGCGGCUGAAGCACAGAGCUGUCUUCCAGGAGGGGCCCCAAGUCCCCAUCUGUCUGGUUGGAUUGACGGGAGCCUCCCCGGUGAAUACAUAAGUAUCAAUGUCACUCCUAGAGCCGUAAACGUGUCCAGGCAGCCUCCAGAGAGAGGCCCGAGGGCCCAGGGCCGGCUUCUGGUGUCCUGCUCUGAGUGUCUCGAAAUUAAACUAAUUGCUGAAUGAAA